GACGCAUUUCCGGGGCGCUGGAGCAGAGGGAAGCGGCGGUGGCUGCUGGGGUGUCGGGAAGAUGGUGGUCACCAGGUCGGCACGGGUUCGGACCGACAUCCAAGCCACGUCGCCUGAAAGCUCCCAGCGGAAGAGUUAUGCUGCCGAAGGGUUUCAAAGACAUCCAGAAAGCAGGAAGGAAUCUGUAUCUGAUGACCAAAGUACUGCUGAAUCACAGACCACUGGGAAACAAAGUUCAAUCCCUAGAACUCCUAAAACCAGAAAGAGGAAGAGCAGAACUACAGGCUUACCACCAGAGGUGACCGAACCAUCAACUGAUGGAGACAUCUCUGAAGCAGAGUCAAAUUAUUCUUCUGUGUCUGAGCACCAGGAUCUCAUUUUUAGAGUUACUAGGAGAAGGCAGAUAUUAAUUGCAUGCCCUCCAGCAUCCAGUGUUAGGAAAAGGCCGAAAAUAACUCCAACAGAUGAAUCUCAUACUGAAGAAGUAGUCUCUGAAGCAGAAUCUCACGUUUCAGGUAUUUCUAGAAUUGUGCUUUCCACAGAAAUAACUACAAGAACCAGAAGUAAGACGAAAUCUCUGUCAGAUCCAAGCCAAGAAUCACAUGCAGAAGCUAUAUCUGAUGCUGAGACAUCAUGUUCAGACGUUUCAUUCUCUGGAAUUGCCAGUAGGAGAACAACCAGAAAUUUGCAGAGGAAAUUACAGGCACAAACUGAGAAGAAAGGUAGUAAAAUUAUACCAGGAAACAAGAAGCAAAUUGUUGAUAUACCUAUAACUUCAGAAGAUUCAGAUACCAGACAAACUUCUCCUAUACAAGCAAGAUCCCUUUCUGAGAUAGAUAAACCUUAUUUCUCAAAUAAUGACUUUGAUAAUGAUUCCAUCCACAGAAGUUCAGAAAAAAUACUAAAAGUGCAAAAAUGCCAACUUUCUAAUGUAAGAGAGGAAAAACAGGCCAGUGUUGCACCUUUUAAAGAAAUAAGAAAGCAGAAUUAUAAGGAUUUGGUUGAAGACACCAAAGAAAUAAUAGAUGAAGGGAAAGAAAUAAAUGAGAAAAGAUCUCAGUUGAAGAAUCUUUCUGAAUUUCAGGACACUAGCAUUCGGCACUUAGUUUCUCACAGUCAUUCAACCCCCCAAAAUAACAAAGCCACAUCAGAGCCCUUAAUUCUUAACUCUGAGGCUAUAAUGAAAUCACUAACUCAAACAUUUGCAGUUGUGGAAAUGGACAGAUGGAACACAAAGAAGAUAAGCACCAUAAAAACAAGUGACCUGACAAAGUGUGAUGAUUGUGGUGGUAGUGAUGGUGAUGAUGACGAAUCCACAAUUAUAGGUGUCAGUGAAGACAUGAACAGUGAAAAGAAUGUAGAUCUUGAAUGUGAUACCAAACUAUAUAUGUCUAAGCUCAACAGAUCUCAGGAUAAAGAUUCUGUUGUACUAGUUCUCAGCAGUGAUGAAAGCCAGCAGUCUGAAAACAGUGAGAAUGAAGAGGAAACUUUGUGUUUUGUUGAAAAUAGUGGCCAAAAAGAGUCAUUAAGUGGAGACACAGGAAAUACAUCUUGUGGUAAUGUGUUAUUUGUAAUUGACACAACUCCUGGACUGAGUGCUGAUAAAAAUUUUUACUUGGAAGAGGAAGAUAAAGCAAGUGAGGUUGCCAUCGAGGAAGAAAAAGAAGAGGAAGAGGAUGAAAAGAGUGAAGAAGAACCAUCAGAUCAUGACACAAAUGUAGAUGAAUUUAGUGAUGAAGAAGACUUACUAAAUAACUCAAAGGCUAAACUUCUGAAGUUGACAAGCAGCAGCAUAGACCCUGGCCUGAGUAUCAAGCAGUUGGGUGGUUUGUAUAUUAAUUUCAGUGCAGACAAACUGCAUUCUAACAAGAGAACCCUAACACAGAUCAAGGAGAAAAGGAAAAAUGAGCUUCUGCAGAAAGCCAUCAUUACACCCGAUUUUGAAAAAAACUACUCUGUCCCACCAUAUAGUGAAUCAAAGAAUCAGCUUAAGAAAAAACGCAGAAAAGAACGACAGAAAACAGCAGGGGAUGGCUGGUUUGGUAUGAAAGCUCCAGAAAUGACAGAUGAACUGAAAAAUGAUCUCAAAGCACUGAAGAUGAGAGCAAGCCUGGACCCAAAAAGGUUUUAUAAGAAAAAUGAUAGAGAUGGCUUCCCCAAGUACUUCCAGAUGGGAACCAUUGUUGACAAUCCAGCUGAUUUCUACCAUUCACGAAUUCCUAAGAAGCAAAGGAAAAGAACUAUUGUGGAAGAAUUGCUUGCUGAUUCUGAGUUUAGAAGAUAUAACCGAAGGAAGUAUUCAGAGAUCAUGGCUGAAAAAGCAGCAAAUGCAGCAGGAAAAAAGUUCCGAAAGAAGAAGAAAUUUCGCAAUUAGGAUUUACCAAGCAAACCACAACAUUUUACAUUUCCCUUUUAUUUACUUACUAAAGAUGUUUUGAAAACUAAUACCCAUUAUCUAAAUUAUAUUGGCCUUGUUAAUACAGGGAUUUCUGUUUGGAAAGAGUUGAGUUGAGGGAGAUUCAAUCAUGUGUCCUUGGGAAAAUAAAUGUGUCUACAAAAGACACCCUCCCACCCCAGGUUAAAUUCUUUUAGGGAAAAAAGGAACCUCAACCAUUUUAGGAUAAUUAAUGUUUUUAUAAAGUUUUCAAUGCUUAGUUAUUUAAAGAAAAUCUAAUUAGAAGAUAUGUAGGUAUAAAAUUUGCUAAUGUGUUCAAAGAACUUUAAAAAUGAUUAAAGAUACA